AUGGAUACUAGCUCAUCAGAACUGUCUGCAUAUUUUCGCGGAUUCAUCAAAGUACAUUUAGGUCACAUUGUUGGGGAUAUAUACAAUGAAAAGAAUGUGCGUCGAUAUCUUCGGCUUUUCAAAGCUGGUCAAUAUUCACGAGAAGACCCAUUGCAUACGAUUGCGGUAACCAUAGCGUCGGAAAUUCUAGUUAGAGCAGUUUCACAACAUGGCAUUGAUGUGAACGCGCUUUACGAUCCACGAACGCCACCACUUCUCACUCUAGAGCAAGAUAUUCAACUGCCAUGUGUCCAGGGGCAGGACCUCCUGGAAGCUGCUAAGCGUUCCCUAGGCUUUGGAGAGAAGUGGUGGGUCGUUCGUCUCUUUGCGGCUGAUAUCCCAGAGCACCUCAAGCGGUAUUUAAAUGAGAGCUACCCGCUUGCAUACCAGUCCGCGGAUUUGGAAAUUCUUCAGUCGUUGUGGUCUCAAAAUAACCCAAGUGUUAUAGAUUGGAAAGCAAAAACCGGCACUAGUUAUACGUAUGUCAGACGCGCUUACGAGAACCGGGAAUUGCGAUAUGCGAUUGGCGCAUUGCUUCCAUACACAGGUCUAUGGGAUUCAUUCACACUCCGCAAAUUAGACUAUGUGAUAGGAUCACAUAGCCUUGAGGAGAUGGCACACUAUUUGCAAAAUGUUUAUAAACAAUGGUCAAUUUUUGAAGCACCUGUCGUCGAUCCGAACUCCGUCACUUUGAUUGAGGGUAUGAUGCCUUCAUAUUCCAUCCAUGACAGGAGUCAAAUUCGAUCAUUGAUGGACGAUGGUACUUUAUUUCCUCGACUACUCAACGAGUCUGAGCGAAUCAGGGUCAGGGAUUACUUCCUAGCAAUGAAAGGAAGGAUCUUAUCAUUAAAGCUUUUCUUCUCCGACGCCUCGCUAAUCAAGCGGAUUGCGCAGCCAUUGUGGCAAUUUUCAGGCAAGAAUUCCGAGAGAACGUUACGUCAAGCAUUGCUUGGCUCGUGGAAUCAAAUACCAGGCGAAGCCGUAACAGUUCAGGAUACUGAAUUUUACUUCGAUAAAAUGUCCCUUGAUAGGAUAAUUUCGAGACAAGGACACCGACACGCAGCCUGGGUAUCAUACUUGCAGCUCUGGAUGUCUGCAUUUCGACAUUUCAUUGAUCCGCGACGAGGAAAACAAGGCGAAGAGCCUGGCGUACAGCCGUUGUUGGAUAUCCAAGGAAAAGCAGAUUUUGAGUUUACAGCUCACAAACUGGGAUUCGAUAAGCGAUUUCCACGUUCGGCAAAAUACCCCGUUUUUCAGUACAUAUCCAAGACAUUGACGAACAGCGGUUCUGUGGAAUCCGAAAAAGUGAGCAAUGUCAGAAACGGAUUUGUUCAAGCCUUCCCAGAAUCCCAGGAUAUCAGUCGCUCAAGGGAAGCUCAUCCUGAAUGGAGCACUGAUAUUGAGGAGAGAAAAGCCACAUUUCGAGCCGGGAGGCCAGAAGUCAAAGAAUAUAGAAGAAUUCGCCAGUACUUUUAUUUGAAAAUCGUUGGCAAUGAUGAUCAAUCGCCCAAGUCAUACCCGACAGCUAUCGCUGUUAUGAGAGAAAUAUUCUUCGACUUUUUCGGAAGCUUUUGGCUGCAAUCAAUCUCAAGUCCUGUAGAGAUGGAGCCUCAUCCGAGUGGCUCGCCAUCUGUUUAUUCAGUCAGCACUGAACUGGCUGAACCGGCUCCUCUAGUUAUCUUGGGUACCAACGAAGUCACGACUGUUAAUGAAACACAGACCUUGGACGCGCAAGCCUUGGUACCGUCGAACGAUGUAAGUAUGGAAUCGGCACCGCCAAAAGCAGCGGGCUUUGAGGACGAUGAGAAUAUAGGUCCACUUGCAAAAUUAUGUUAUAUUUCACACCACCGCGGAAGCCGUGAGAUGAUGGAGAAGUGGUACCACGACCGUGAUCCCGACCUGGUAGUGCUAUUCUUGUUUGAUCGAAGAGCUUUUUAUAAGUUUCGACGAAACUCUAGUAAGGAGCUCAGCGACCGAAUCCACUAUUUGGCUCAGGAAAAUUACUUUUGUGCAAUCUGCGAUAACGUAAUAUCUAUACCAUACCAAGAGACUGUCGCAGCGCUGUUGAGGUUUAGUCUUUUGUUGGUUGGAUCAAAAGAUGGUCCUACGAGGAGUAUAGCUCGUGAAGGAGCGUUGACAUUGAAAGAUCUUGAACAAUAUGUUGUCAGUUUUGAUCCUAAGACAGGAAAAAGAAGGCCUGAUUAA